GCAGCAGUCAGGCGGGGCAGAGGCCGAGGCAGCAGCCAGGAAACACAAACCAGUUAAUAGCCGGGGGUAUUCACGAUGGCGAUGUAUGGGGCGGAUGCGCUGGAGGUGCUGAAGGAGCUGUCGACGGCAACACGGCUGCCGGUGUACAGGGCUAAGAGCGUGAGCAAGGCGGUGGACGAGGUCAUUCACCUGCAUGCCGAGGUUUUGGCCAUUUUACGCGAGCGUCCCGAGGCAGCACGGAACGACGCGUCGGUGACGGCCUCGGUCAUCUUUCACCACGCGGCGCUGCUGCGCAACAAGCGGAUCAUGCUCGCAUACCACUACCAUCGCAUGCAGUACUUGCAGAACCUGCGCUGGGAAGUGGGCGCCAUCCUGCCGCCCGACGUUCGCGAGGCGACGUCGGCGCUCGAGACCGGCUUCUUCUCGGCCUACGACCGCCUGCUCGGCGACUACAUGACCGAGGUCGACCUCAACCUGACCGAGGACCUCACCCCACCCAAGGAUCUGUUCAUCGAGGUCCGGGUGGUGCAGGACGCCGGAACCAUCAUUACCGAGGCUGGUGACGAGCUCACCUUGACUCGCAACUCUACACACUACCUCCGGCGCUCGGACGUCGAGCAUCUCAUCCGCCAGGGCGUCGUCGAGCACAUUGUCCACUGACUCGUCGUCGCUGGCUGCGUAAACGGAGCCUUUCACA